AUGUCAAAUCAAUACAUUUUCCCUGAUGCUGAUGACCAACAAAUACUCCUUCAAGAUGGGUCAAUUAUUUGGAAUGACCAAUUAAAUGAAGAAGCUUCAUUGCAUUAUUUCGAUACCAAUGAUACAAUCAUCAGCAGCAGUGAAAGCUUUGCUACAGCUAUAGAUGCUAAUGAAACUGCAUAUUUAUCAGCUUUAGAAACUACUACUACCCCUGAUGUGACUUUGGAUGAUAUACAUGACAUUACUAUUAAUAAUGAAGAAGAGGAGGCUGUUCCUCCUACAGUCAAUCCAGCUGAAGAUGCAGAAGAAGCUAAUUUAGCAUUAGAGGAAAUCAAUGCAGAUAAUCGAGUGAUUGUAUUUACCAUAGAUGGAGGCGACGAUUUAUAUGGAAUUCAAAUGAUUAAAGAUGAUGCUGGAAAUCUUCAAAAAUAUCAGUUUAAAUUUAGAACAACUGAAGCUGGUCAGUUGGAAUUUAUACCAGAAACUGUUACACUUUUAGAAGAAACUGUGAACACUGAAGAAGCAGUUGAGACUGAGGUUCAGACAGAGCAAGAAAAUGUUUUGGUUAAAACCUCAGUUAAAACCGAAAAUAAUAUACUACAUGAAACUGUGGAAGAUUUACAUAUUAAAGGAGAAAUGGAAUCAGACGCAGAAGAUAUUGAUGAAGCAGUUGAUGAAGACAGUAAUACUAAAAGUUCACCUUUGCAAAAACCUUUGGUUAAACAAGAAGAAAUAUUGAGCAGCCAGAAUAGUGAAGAUGAAGAAAGUAUUCAAAAUGAAAUUGAAUCAACAAUGCCAUUGAGAAAGGAAGAACAUUUAGAAGAAACUAAUGAAGACCAAGAACAACUUGUUGAUGAAAAUAUGCAUGUAGAAGAUCAAUUUGAAAAGCAAUUACAGCAAGACAAUGAGGUAGAAGGAACUGAAUUCAUUCCGGAAUAUUUAGAUGAUUUUGUUGAUGAUACUUCACAAACAGAGCAAUAUAAUUUCAAAGAUCAAGAAAUUAUUACUCCAAAUGUUCCACUUGAUGCCAAUGAUAGAAUAAAUAUAUUAAGACAUUCUCAGGAUAAGUCUGAGGACAAACUGAAAAAGUUGACAUCAGUAGGCAUGAAAUAUUAUGUCAUGUAUCCGGAAAAGGAAAAUGUAAAUUCUUUAGCAGCUAACAACAACCUCAUUCAAACUCAGCUAGCUCAGCGGACCUUACCAAAAUCCACAAAUCCAAGAAGCUUACUAAAGAUAAAUUUUGAUAAAGACAAAGAUAAACCAAAGAAAUGCGUAAAAAGUCAAGUUCCAAUUACCCAUUGUGAAUUUUACGAUAAGCGCUUUGCGAAAAACAAAGAGGCGAUGCACGUUAAAAAUUUUCAUUCGUUUCUAAAUAAAACUACAAUACCACAUGCGCCUGUUAGGCAAAAACGGCAACCCAGAAAACAAGAAAUUAAGGCUACUGAAAGGGGUAAUGAAGAAAUUAUUGUGCAAGAAGUUAUUAUUUCUGAUAAUGGGUUUAUUGAAAGUCCAAAUAAGAGAAGAAGGAAUAGGAAAUUGAAGGUGACUGCUGUUGUAGAACUAUCCGAUUCAGAAGACGACACCAACAAUCCUAGCUCUGAUAUAACUAUUAUAGAAAUAAAUUCUGAUUCUGACGAUUCCAUAAGUAAAACAGAUACAGCUAAAAGUCAGACAAGUGAUACACAAAACACUUUAAAAAGACGCCGAGGUAGACCUCGAAAAUUAAAGAAAGGCACUAACAAACCUGUGCCAGAUGAAAGUGAUAAAUUACCAGAUAAAAAAGGAGAAAUAAUUUGUCCUCGUUGCCCCAAAACCUUUGCUAGUCAGAAUAGUCUCAAUACUCAUCUAAAACAUCAUAAUUUGGAGAAUAAUUUAAAAAUAAAAGCCACAAUGAGUGACAGAACGAUGCCUCGUCAGUCUCUAUUACCAAAAUUCAACUAUAAUCAUAAAUGUGAGGAGUGCCAGCAAACUUUCAAAAAUACCAUUCUACUGAAAAACCACAAAUGUACAAAAACACAAAAUAAUUCUAACCAUAGUUGUUCGGUGUGCCUUAAAAAGUUCCGUGAUGUAACUUUGUUGAAUAUCCACAAGAAAACUCAUGCAAAGGCAAACCUUCUCAUUAACACUAGCGUCUUGAAAGUGUCUCCAAAGAAAAUACCAACUAUAUGCAUAACAAGAUCUUCUCCAAAGAAGUCUUUCAGGUGCACUGAAUGCCCAAAAAUAUGUGAAUCCAAUGAAAAGUUGCUAAAUCACACCAAAACCCACAAAAAAUUGGUUUGCUCCUCCUGCUCUGCAACAUUUUCUUCCAAAUUCCUGCUUGAGACCCACGCUAGAACAAACUGCACCAAACUCAAAUCGUCAGCCAACAAUAAACGUUUAUCAUAUACAAUCAGAAAAACAUUUGUAAACACACCACCUAGACGUAUGACUAUGGCUAAACCAGCUGAUAAAACUGCUGUCAACAACGUUUUGGGAGUUAAACUAGACUGCGACCUGUGCGGCUUGGAAUUUCCAACUUUCCGCUCAUUGUAUAUGCACAAAGUGCAAUUGCACGGCUUGAACACACCAAAUAAAAGCCUAAUGAUGAAACCUAAAUGCAAACGAGGUGAUUACAAACCUAAGGCUGCUCAUGGAGGCGUUCCCAUGAAUCCCAAGCUACAAAAGGCCUAUGCAGCGUUGAAGACAAAAAUGGCUGAAUCUACAGAUUUAGUUAUUUACUAA